AUGUCAAAAAAUACCAAAGUAGAAGAUUUAAAUUAUUACGUUAACUGGUUGGAAAGAUCAAUUAUCGAAGAACAUAUCGAAUUAUAUAAAUAUUCAGACUUCAAAAAUAUUCAAUUAAUAGGAAGUGGUGCAUACGGAAAUGUUUAUCGUGUUAAUCGAAAAAAUUCCGAUCACUCUUUAGCUUUGAAAUCUUUUAACUAUGAUAAACAAACUCUUAAAGAAGUUGUAAAAGAGUUAAAAUUACACCUAAGUGUUAAUUAUCAUGAAAGUAUUAUACGAUUAUAUGGAAUUACAAGAGUAGAAGUCGACGCAAUCCAAGAAUAUUCAUUUGUAUUAGAAUACGCCGAUAGCGGUACACUAAAUACGUAUUUAAACGAGCAUAUUAAUGAACUUGAUUGGAACAACAAAUAUAUCUUGGCGUCACAGCUUGCUAGUGCUAUAGAAUUUUUGCAUGAAAAUAAUAUUAUUCAUCGUGAUUUGCAUGGCAAUAAUGUACUUAUACACAAGAAAAACAUUAAAUUAGCAGAUUUUGGUUUAUCAAAAAAAAUUACUGAAGCAUCAAGUAAUACAUCAAAAAUAUUUGGUAUGAUACCUUAUAUAGAUCCAAAGAAAUUAGACAAUCCGAACUAUAAAUUGGAUAAAAAAUCUGAUGUGUAUAGUAUUGGAGUUUUAUUAUGGCAAAUUUCAAGUGGCCAUAAACCUUUUUAUGAGACUGAUUAUGAUGUAAGUUUAGCUUUAUCUAUAUUGAAUGGUAAAAGAGAAAAAAUUAUUGACGGAACCCCUGUUAAAUACAAUAACUUGUAUAGAGGUAAUAAUUAA